UGCGUGCGAUCAUAUCGGCUGAGUGACACCACAGUAAAGUUCUUCCAGUGACACUUUCCCGCGCUCCGAAACUUCACGCUUGUCAGAUAUGUCCCGGAACACGAUGCUGGCUCUAGCAAUUUACGGCUUCACAGCGAUAUGCAUGAUUCCCGUAUCCUCGGCGCAGGCACUAUCACAAUAUGACGGAUCAUCCGCGGUCGCUGACAGUAGGAGCGGGUGGGAUGCACUAAACGGGCUCUACGCGCUACUGGCACAGCACGACGCUCUCAGCGGACACACACUCGCUCGUAAAUCCGUGCGCUCACCUUCAAGACGCUUGCGUUUCGGACGACGCUCCGACCCUGAAAUGCCUCCUCAAGCUCCUCUUGACGAAAUGGACGAACUAUUGUCCCUCCGCGAUGUGCGUACGCCCGUGCGCCUGCGCUUCGGACGUCGAUCAGACGAACGCGCCGUGCCACAUAUUUUCCCACAGGAGGACCAGGAACGUGCUGUGCGCGCCCCGUCCAUGCGUCUCCGAUUUGGCCGAAGAUCCGACAAUAAUAUGUUUCUGCUGCCAUUUGAGUCGGCUCUACCCAAGGAAGUGAAGGCGGGAAGUUCAGAAGACGACAGACAACCAAACUGAACAUUCACACUUCUAUAGGUAAAUUCAUCUCUCCGCUCCAUACAAAUUAUUAUCAGCAACUAUAGUCCUAAGGAAAGAGUACUUAUUAUAUUUACGACGUACAUUCUAAGUGUCAAAUUUUAAAUAUCAAUUUUAGAUGUUAUUUCAAUUAAACUACAACAAUUAUAAGCUAUGUGUACAUAAUCAAAAUGUAGUAUAAAAUGUAUGUUGUUAAAAUAUGUUAUCCUAUCCUAACGCUAAACUUUUAGUUGAUAAUAAAAAAUCUACUAUUUUAUUUAUUGAGAACAUGAUUUUACUUAUUUCUAGCAAAGAAUUUUACAUUUUUUGAGCUGGAUAAAUGUAAAAUUUACUUUGCUAUUUUUAUUUUACUACACUAUUCGUAGUUAGACUCGGCAUAUAAAUUAAUGUAGGUACUGAUUUUCCCACUUUUUUCACCAGUAGUAAUACUGUUUUAAUGUUUAUUUAUCUUUAAAUAGUAAUUAUAGUGCAAUUAAUAAGUUGAAAUAUAAAAAGCUAAUCCGAAUUA